GAGUUCUUUUGGGAUCCUCCCUUAUGGGGAGCUCUGCUUAUCUCAGUUCUUGUGAUUUGAUGAAAACUCCCCAGCUCGUCAGAAUCUUGUUUCUCGUGUUUAUUGGAAGGUCUACUUCUUUAUUCUGAGCUUUUGGGAAAUCAUUGUGGCAUUUAGAACACAAAAUACCCUUAGACCCUGUAUUUUCUGACACUGCUGGAACACUGAGGGAUUUACAGCAGUCACAAUGAGGCGAAGCUCAAGUAUUGCUGGAAGCAGCAGCCAACAAUCUAGGAUGGCACCGAGAGUGGAGGACAGCAACAAGAUGGGUCUUCAAACAGCUCAGAUGAAGGACAGAGGCAGCCUUGGGAAGCGGACCAUGAGCAAAGCUACAUCUGGAGCUUCAGAAGGAAAAGCCAGCUGUUCUGGGAACAGAGCGAGUGGGGCUGGAGGGUCCCACAGCAGCCAGCACGGUGUGUUUGGGACAGAAAAGAUAAAGGAUCCCAGGCCCCUUCAUGACAAAACAUUCAUCCAACAAUGUAUCAAGAAGCUUUAUGAGUUCCUCCUUGAGAAUGCUUAUGGCCACAAUGUUUCCAUGAAAUCUCUACAAUCUCCGUCAGUUAAGGACUUUUUAAAGAUCUUCACCUUUAUCUAUAGAUUCCUCUGCCCUUCUUAUGAACUGCCUGACUCAAAAUUUGAGGAGGAAAUUCCCAAAGUUUUUAAAGACCUUGGGUAAGAUGAUUAUUGUUAUUCUCCUGGGCUGAAUAGAUAUGAUAUGGCUAGAAAUUUAAAAGCUAAGAAUUCCGCAUUGAUAGUUGGGGAGAAUGGGUAGGUUUUUUAAUUCAGAUGAGACUCUAAAAGUACAAUGUUGUGAUAGUUUUGUUUCACUUUUGUUCAGCUCUAGGUUUACUUGCUGAUUUUCAGAGUCUACUGUACACUUUAUAUUUAAACCUGCAGAACUAUAAGCUCUUGGAAUCUUGCUUUGUAACAUUAAAUUUAAUUGAUUAUUUGUAUAAAAAUUUGAAAGGUAGGACAGAAUUCUUCUUGACAAACCUUUCUGUUCAUUCUGUUAGAGUCUAACAACUAAAAUUUCCAGAAUUUUUGGAUCAAGUCAAUUUAGUUUAAAGUAUGUU